GGCUGCAAUUUCAGAAAUGGAACUUGUGACCGGCACUAGUACGGGAUCUUCAAGUCCGGAGUCCAAAAUUAAGAUUGGAGACAAAGUCUAUGUGAAGCCGUCUGUUGUUACUCCAAGAUACCAAUGGGGAUCAGUCACUCACAAAAGCAUUGGCGUUGUUAAAGAUAUUCAGGGAGAGACUUUGAUUGUAGAUUUCCCCGAGCAAAAGAACUGGAAGGCUGUAAUUUCAGAAAUGGAACUUGUGACCGGCACUAGUACGGGAUCUUCAAGUCCGGAGUCCAAAAUUAAGAUUGGAGACAAAGUCUAUGUGAAGCCAUCUGUUGUUACGCCAAGACACCAAUGGGGAUCAGUCACUCACAAAAGCAUUGGCGUUGUUAAAGAUAUUCAGGGAGAGACUUUGAUUGUAGAUUUCCCCGAGCAAAAGAACUGGAAGGCUGUAAUUUCAGAAAUGGAACUUGUGACCGGCACUAGUACGGAGAGACCCAAACCUGUAGUGAAGGUGAAGCCAGAUCAGGCUGUGUUCAGAGAAGAGAAAGUUACUCUCACAUGUGACAUACAAGGAGUAAGAAGCAUUCAGUGGACAUACAGCUGGUUUAAAGAUGGAAACACUCACAAUCCAUACAGAACUACAGCAGCGGCAGAGUUGAGUUUCAAAGCUGACAACGUGUCUUACAGUGGUAAAUACAGCUGUAGAGGAGAGAGAUCAGACUCACAGAAAUCAGACAUCAGUGAUGAAGUUACACUGACUGUAUCAGAUUUACCCAGAUCUACACUGACUAUGACACCAAGCAAUCCUGUAUUCACUGGCGAAACAGUCAAUCUGACGUGUAAAAUAGAGACAUACAGUGACUGGAGAUAUGAGUGGUAUAAAGGCUCUAUAAACCAUGCAAUGUUACAGACAUCUGAGCGUCACACUGUAAACAGAGACACCCUCACUAUUAGAGAACUAAUUAUAGAGGAUGGGGAUCUGUACUUUUGUGGAGGAAAGAGAGAUGGAAGACCAAACUUACCAAAAUCAAGCUCUGCUGUUUCUCUCAUUGUGAGAGAGAGACCCAAACCUGUAGUGAAGGUGAAGCCAGAUCAGGCUGUGUUCAGAGAAGAGAAAGUUACUCUCACAUGUGACAUACAAGGAGCAAGAAGCAUUCAGUGGACAUACAGCUGGUUUAAAGAUGGAAACACUCACAAUCCAUACAGAACUACAGCAGCGGCAGAGUUGAGUUUCAAAGCUGACAACGUGUCUUACAGUGGUAAAUACAGCUGUAGAGGAGAGAGAUCAGACUCACAGAAAUCAGACAUCAGUGAUGAAGUUACACUGACUGUAUCAGAUUUACCCAGAUCUACACUGACUAUGACACCAAGCAAUCCUGUAUUCACUGGCGAAACAGUCAAUCUGACGUGUAAAAUAGAGACAUACAGUGACUGGAGAUAUGAGUGGUAUAAAGGCUCUAUAAACCAUGCAAUGUUACAGACAUCUGAGCGUCACACUGUAAACAGAGACACCCUCACUAUUAGAGAACUAAUUAUAGAGGAUGGGGAUCUGUACUUUUGUGGAGGAAAGAGAGAUGGAAGACCAAACUUACCAAAAUCAAGCUCUGCUGUUUCUCUCAUUGUGAGAGAGAGACCCAAACCUGUAGUGAAGGUGAAGCCAGAUCAGGCUGUGUUCAGAGAAGAGAAAGUUACUCUCACAUGUGACAUACAAGGAGUAAGAAGCAUUCAGUGGACAUACAGCUGGUUUAAAGAUGGAAACACUCACAAUCCAUACAGAACUACAGCAGCGGCAGAGUUGAGUUUCAAAGCUGACAACGUGUCUUACAGUGGUAAAUACAGCUGUAGAGGAGAGAGAUCAGACUCACAGAAAUCAGACAUCAGUGAUGAAGUUACACUGACUGUAUCAGAUUUACCCAGAUCUACACUGACUAUGACACCAAGCAAUCCUGUAUUCACUGGCGAAACAGUCAAUCUGACAUGUAAAAUAGAGACAUACAGUGACUGGAAAUAUGAGUGGUAUAAAGGCUCUAUAAACCAUGCAAUGUUACAGACAUCUGAGCGUCACACUGUAAACAGAGACACCCUCACUAUUAGAGAACUAAUUAUAGAGGAUGGGGAUCUGUACUUUUGUGGAGGAAAGAGAGAUGGAAGACCAAACUUACCAAAAUCAAGCUCUGCUGUUUCUCUCAUUGUGAGAGGUCUAAAGCUGAAGCCUGACCUCAGAUCAGAUCCUACAGGAGCUGCACUGACAGGAAACGCAGUGACUUUGACUUGUCACAUGGAUCCGUCCACUGGAUACUGGGAUUUUUACUGGUACAAACACACACUGAACCCUGAGCCAGAGAAGACCGAAACAAACUCCUACAGACUGAAGAUUGAUUCAGUAUCUGAUGGAGGCCAGUAUUGGUGUAGAGCUGGACGAGGAGAACCAAUCUAUUACACAAACUACAGUGAUGCACUGUGGGUAAAUGUUACAGAGAGUCCUAAAGCUGUGGUGAUGGUACGACCUGAUAAAACUGUGUUUAAAGGAGAAAAAGUCACUCUCAGGUGUGAUAUAAAGUGGGUAGGAGACACUGAGUGGACAUACAGAUGGGAAAUAAAUGGAACCAGCAACAAAAUCUCAACACAAGAGUUGAAUAUCAGCAGUGUUGAUGACUUUCACAGUGGUAAUUACACCUGUUCAGGACAGAUAAACACUCAAAGCUCUCAGCGAAGUGAUGCUGUUACGCUGACUGUUUCAGCUGAAGCUCAGGCCACAGUGCGAGUGUCUCCACAGCCAUGGCUGACUGAAGGAGAAUCAGCAACUCUGAUCUGUGAGGUUUCAGGCUCCUCUACAGGCUGGACAUUCAGCUGGUUCAGAGAUCACAAGUAUCUGUCAGACAGCAGCACAGGAGCUGGAGGAUCUUACACUCUCUGCCCUGCUGCUCUACAGCACACAGGAGUUUAUACGUGCAGAGCAGAGAGAGGACGAGCAGCCUAUCACGCACGCAACAGCAGCACACAACCACUGUGGGUCACUGGAGUUUCUGCUUCAGUGUCUCUGGUCCUCAAUCCCAGCAGAAGUCAACACUUCUCAUCAGACUCUCUUUCUCUAAACUGUGAGGAUCAGAGUGACUCUGCUGGAUGGACAGUUAGAAGAUACACAGACAACUAUACAGAAACUUGUUCAAAACUAACAGGAUCUGCGUGUGUAAUUGACUCUCUCAGCACAUCUGACACUGGAGUGUACUGGUGUCAGUCUGAAUCUGGAGAGAAACGUCAUCUUCGAAACAUCACUGUGCAUGAUGGUGCUGUGAUUCUGGUGAGUUCUGUUGAUCCUGUGAUUGAAGGAGAGACUCUGACUCUACACUGUUUACAUCGAUCUACAAAUUCCUCGAUCCUCAGCACUGAUUUCUAUAAAGACGGAUCACUGGUCCAGAAUCAGACGACAGGAGAGAUGAGCAUCAGUGCUGUCUCAAAGUCAAAUGAGGGUUUCUACUACUGUAAAAGAGAGAGAGGACAGUCACCCCACAGCUGGAUCACAGUCACUGGUGUCCAUAACUUGUCACAUAAAGGUCUGAUUUCUGUCUUCAACAUCCUCCUUUUUUUGGCAGCUUCUCUGUGUCUGCUAGCGACAGCCGUGCUGCUUUUCAAAUGUUACAGAGUGAGAGUUUCAUCUGCUGAAGGUCAGUACACCGUAACAGAGGAAGAAACUUCAAUCUGAUAUUAACAUCUUUAAAAAGACUCAUACUGUUAAGUCUGUCAACAUGUUUGUCAGCGUUUAUUGAUCUUUAAGUAUGGUUUUAAAAUGUUGUAGUUUGUUCUUCUUUCAUAAGCUUCAUACUUGAACGCUGACUUAUAUAUAGAUUGUGUUUUUGGUAUGUUCUUCAAUAGUGAAAGGUGGACAUUAAUACAGUUGCCUGUACUACUGAACUUCACUUGUUUGAGUAAUUAGUAAACAGUUUUAUUCUGUAUCAAAUGUUCUGUGUAAAUGAAUAACUGUUGAAAUUAAUGUAUGUAUAAUAGUGUUUCUUGCUUUUUCACAUUCAAAUCACUAUUGGUAAACCACCAUCUAAUCCAAAAACAAUAUCUAUGUCACAGUUAUUUUCAUCAUGGAGUAUUAGUUUGGUUUUCAUGGACUUCUAUUGGUAAUCUUCAGUCACAUGUUUUCCUUUGUUCAGUUUUCCAGCCAAUCUUUAGUUUUCAUGGUAAUUCAUUUAAUCAGCUCAAGUGUUACUCGUUAUUUCAUUUGUUUGGUCUGUAUUUCAGUUUCUCUGCAAGUUCACUUUAGUUGUCUGGUCUUGAUUGUGUUCUAACACACUGUUGCAUUACUCCGAGUAUAAUUGUGUUCUUUAAUAAACCCUGUUUGAAUUUCA